AGUAGUAUUAAUUCACAAGUCACAACAAUCUCACACCCUCAGAGAGAUGGCAAGAAAAUUUCAUACCUUGUCACUUUUCCUUCUCUUCCUCACUCUUCUCAGAACCUCCCAUGCAGGUGGCAUAGCCAUCUACUGGGGCCAACACAUUGACGAGGGCACAUUAUAUGAAGCAUGUGCCACUAGGAGAUACACCCACGUAAACAUCGCCUUCCUCGAAAGAUUCGGCAAUGACCGAAUUCCGAAACUGAAUCUCGCAGGUCACUGCAACCCUUCAACCAACUCAUGCACCAGAAUAGGUGACCACAUCAAGUAUUGCCAAAGCAGAGGUAUCACCGUGUUGCUUUCUAUCGGCGGUGGGAUCGGAAGAUACUCUUUGGCUUCAAGAGAGGAUGCUAGUGACUUCUCAAGAUAUUUAUGGAACACUUUCUUGGGUGGCACGUCAUUUUCAAGACCAUUUGGUGAUGCUGUGUUGGAUGGCAUAGACUUUGAUAUUGAACUUGGCUCUGCACAAAAUUGGCAAUAUCUUGCACAGUUUCUCAAGGAUUAUCAUGGAGUGUACCUAAGUGCUGCUCCUCAAUGUCCAUUUCCUGAUAGAUUAUUAGGUAGGGCCCUUGCAACAGGACUUUUUGACUUUGUUUGGGUGCAGUUCUAUAAUAACCCUGCAUGUGAAUAUUUUAAUGGUAGAAAAUAUAACCUUGAGAAAUCAUGGAAACAAUGGACAACUGCUAUUCAAUAUGGAGAGGUAUUUUUGGGGUUGCCUGCCGCUAAGGGCGCAGCUGGAAACGGUUUUAUCCCGGCCGGUGUUUUGACUUCCGAAAUACUACAAGUGAUUCAGGAUACAUCAAAGUACGGAGGUGUUAUGCUUUGGUCAAGAUACUUUGAUGAGAGGACUGGUUACAGCGCAUCCAUUAUAGAUAGUGUGUGAAGAUUUCAUAGUUACAAUAAAGAAAAGCAAUAAAAUUACACUUUGGCAACUAAUAAGAAGUGUUUUUUUUCUAAAGAAACUAGUAAGAAGUAAUGUUAAUUAUUAUUUGUAAUAUUUGUGUGUCUGCAUGGAUCUUGCACUCUUGUGUGACUUUAAAAGAUUUCUUUUUUCUUUUUUGACUCUUCAUGUAAUCAAGAAGUUUGAAAGAAAGUAUGACGGUAAA